CCAUUUUACUUCGCUUUAGAAGCUCAAAUGUUUAACCACCUCGCCACAGGCUUAAAGCCGUGACCGAGAGACGGUAUCUGGGUGGAAUGAACUUGGAACUGUUGUCCAUUUUAUGAAUUUAUCUGCCGCCGAGUCGUAUCGAUCUGGGAUUUUCAAUCAUUACUCAGCAUAGUUACACAUUGGUAGCUUAUGUGGUGUCGGAUACACGGCGCUGUGGUCACACAGGAAUCCCAAGUCCAUUGGCAGAUUAACAAGAGACUUCAGUCAACCAAAAGCCGGUCAGCAAGAACAUGGCCGACAGGACCAAUCAGACGACAUCCUCGUCCUUAAGUGUCGAUACAUCACCUUCUAAUGAGUCCUUAACAUCCGUCAUGUGGACCACAACGCUUCACUUGUUGACAUCUUCUGCUUCUAACUUUACCAAUUCGUCUGCUCGUGACGUCAUCCCAAAUAUUACAAUUCUGACGAGGCCUUUUUGUACUGAGCCUGCCUACCUUGAAUUCCCACCAGACGCAUUCACCAAUGAGCAGAGAGCACAUGGCGGCUUCAUUUUACAUUUCAUCAUGGUCAUCUAUAUGUUUAUUGCUUUGGCUAUUGUGUGCGAUGACUACUUUGUGACUUCACUUGAUAAAAUUAGUGCGAAACUUGGUUUGAGUGAAGAUGUUGCUGGCGCUACUUUUAUGGCGGCCGGCAGUUCAGCUCCAGAAUUAUGUACUGCUAUCAUAGGAGUGUUUAUUACAAAAGGAGAUGUGGGAGUGGGAACCAUUGUUGGAUCGGCUGUAUUUAACAUCCUUUGUGUCAUUGGUCUGUGUGGGAUAUUAGCUGGCGAGGUGGUGACACUUUCGUGGUGGUCUUUUACCCGGGACGCUGUGUACUACUCCUUCUCUGUCCUUGUUUUGAUCUUGGUCGUACAAGAUGGGAAGGUGACAUGGUACGAAUCUCUCUUGAUGUUAAUCUUCUACGGAGGGUAUAUUCUUGUUAUGAGAUUCGACGUCCCCAUUCAAUCAUGGGUGUGCAAGAAGAUAGACAGGAUCCUAACUUCUAAUAUCCUCCCAGUCAACGGCGUCAAGACAUUCAGCAAAGACUACGAGGUGUUUGAGGAUGAUGAUGACGUUUUCAUUUCAAUGGACCACAAACCUCCAAAAAUUUCUGAACCUGAUAUGCCAGCCGACGAAUAUGCUAGAUCAACAAAAAUAAAACCAAAGUUCUGUGAUUUCAUCUUUCGAUUGAUGAUGAUGAAACGUUUUCGUCCCAAGACAAGAUUCCGAUCGGCAGCCUUUCUGAUCAUAUCAUACAGGCGUGGCAUGCUUAUGGAUACACAUUUGCAGAAACGCCAACAGUUCCGCAAGAUGGCGCAGAAGUCUAGCGUCCUGUCAUAUACCAGAUCUAUUCGAGGUUGGUUUAAUAUGACAAUGGAAGGAGAAAACCUUGAUGGCUGGAAAACUGUACCAAAGAUAGACGAAGGUGUUCUCAAGCUUAUAGGCUGGGGGUCUCUGUAUCCGAUAAGGUUCAUUUUGUAUUACACCGUGCCAGACUGUAGAAAGGAGAGGUGGGAGAACUGGUUUAUGGCUACGUUUGUGUGCUCUGUGUUGUGGAUUGUUAUAUUUUCUUACAUUAUGGUGUGGAUGGUGACGUUAAUCGGUUACACGUUAGACAUUCCGGACAGCGUGAUGGGUAUAACGUUCCUAGCGGCCGGAACCAGUAUACCGGACGCCAUGGCUAGCGUCUUUGUCGCUAGACAAGGAAUGGGUGACAUGGCUGUUUCCAAUUCUUUAGGAAGUAAUGUUUUUGACAUUCUCUUAGGAUUAUCGUUACCAUGGUUUCUUAAAACUGGCAUUGCUUAUGCUGGAACAACAGUGCACAUCAAUAGCAAUGGAAUGGUUUUCUCUAUACUUCUUUUAUUUCUUACAGUAGUUAUUCUAGUUGUUGCAUUAAAGUACACUCGCUGGCGACUGAACAGGAGGGUGGGGGCUCUUUGUCUCUUGGUUUACGCUGUAUACAUCCUAUUUUCUGUCAUGAUUGAGUGCAAUGUGUUUGGGUUUGUCAACCCUCCUAUGUGUGAUUAAUAAAGUGUCAUAUACUAGUGUAACAAGAAAUAAACUAAAAUAAAAUCACGUUUGAAUUAA